AUGAAGAACUCCGAGACCAGCCGUUCUGUCUCGUCGAAAGCCGACGACGCAGGGCGUGAAGAUGACGUGGCAAGACAUAAGAUGCGACUCAAGUCGGCAUCGUUCAAUGGAAGAGAUUCCUUUCGAGAACUCACCGCAAGGCAACGCGUGGCAGGACACGCGGCAGGAGACGCGGCAGGACAUGUGGCGGGACACGUGGCAGGAGACGCGGGAGCACCGCCAGGCGACGACGCUGCUACUCGUGCUGCUGCUGCUUCUAAUGCCGCCACCAAUGCCGCUACCAAUGCUGCUGCUGCUGCUGCUGCUGCUGCUGCUGCUGCUGCUGCUGCUGCUGCUGCUGCUGCUGCUGCUGCUGCUGCUGCUGUUGACGGUGAUUCCGCGACGAUUUCCGCUUCCUGCACCGAAGCUGCCUCCCCCGCCCCCCCGCUCGCGCUGGCCAACCCCCGCCGACUUUCCGCGCGGAGAAGCGCCAGCAGUGGGGAAAACUCCGCGGGACUGUCCCUGAUCAACCGCCGAACCGCAGCUGCAGGCUCGGGAAGAGGCUUGGCGAGCAGGCGCGAGGUGCCAGGGCUGAACAGGCCCGGGAGGGGUCCCGGUGGGUUUAAACUAGACAUGGGCGCGCUUCAGCGGAGCAGGGGGGAGCGGGAUUUUGCGCGGGAGGCGCAGGAAGCGCAAGCCAGGCGGGAUAAGUUCGCGAUUUUCGAAAAGGACUGUAGCCGAGUGCUGGAGCAUGUAUAUGUGGGGAGCGACUUUGUAGCGAGAAGCAGGGAGGUUCUUAAGGAGGCUGGGAUCACGCAUGUGCUGAACUGCGUGGGGUUUGUGUGCCCCGAGUAUUUUCCAGAGGAGAUUAAGUACAAGACGCUCUGGCUGCAGGACAACACGGGCGAGGACCUGGUGCGCGUCUUAUACGACGUGUUUGAUUACAUCGAGGCUGUAAGGGCGGCGAGGGGCCGCGUGUUCAUCCACUGCUGCCAGGGCAUCUCGCGCUCCACGUCGCUCGUGAUUGCCUACCUCAUGUGGUGCGAGGGCAUUCCCUUUGGGGACGCGUUCAAGCGAGUCAAGGCGCUGAGGGCAGUGGCCAACCCCAACAUGGGGUUUGCAUGCCAGCUGCUGCAGUGGCAGACGCGCAUCCUCCCCCCCUCCGCCCUCGAUCCGCCCCCCACGCCUCAACCCACCGCUCUCCCCCCUGCUGGUCCAGCUCCUGCUGCUGCUCCUGCUGCUGCUGUUGCUGCCACUGCUUCUGGCGUUGCACCGCUGUCAGCACCACUGCCAGCACCACUGCCAGCACCGCAACAACCAGCACGCUCAUCAGUUGCAGAAUCAGCACUGGCAUCAGGGGCAGCGGUAGCAUCAGAGCCAGCACGAAGGGUAGCAUUGGGGGCAGCAGACUCGUCAGGGGCGGCAGAGGAGGCAUCAGGGGCGGCAGAGAAGGCGUCAGGGGCGGCAGAGGAGGCAUCAGGGGCGGCAGAGAAGGCGUCAGGAGCGGCAGAGGAGGCAUCAGGGGCGGCAGAGAAGGCGUCAGGGUCGGCAGAGGAGGCAUCAGGGGCGGCAGAGGAGGCAUCAGGGGCGGCAGGCAGCUGUCACAUGUACCGCAUGGCGCCGCACUCGCCGUACGACGCACUGCACUUGGUGCCGAAAAUUACCGCCCUCUCCCGCCACUCGCUCGACCCACGAGGGGCCUUCAUUGUGCAGAUACGGACAAAAGUAUACUGUUGGCGGGGCAAGGAAUGCCACCCGCUCAUGGCCAAGCAGGCCCUCGCAGCUGCCGCCCAGAUCAUCAAGUACGAACGGCUGGGGGAGGUGUCAUCUGCUGGUGGUGGGGAGGUGGUAUCUGCAGGAGGAGGGGAGGUGGCAUUUGGGGAAGUGCCUCAUUCUGCCCCUAUUCCCGUUCUGCAAGGGAGGGAACCUGCUGAGUUACUAGCAGCCCUUGAUGCUGCUGAUGCAGCAGCGGCAGAGGGAGGAGAAGGAGGCGGAGGAGGGGGGGAUGGGGAGGGAGAGGGGAGAUAUGUGAUGGGGAGAACCCGAGCAGAGAUAGAGGCUCAAAUGCAAGCGGUUAGGAAACAGGGUCUGACUUAUCUCGGGCAGGAUGCAAAUCUUUUGAGCUGCCUGGAGCGGGGAAGAGGUUCAGUGCUGAGUGGAGGGAUUGGGGGAAGAGAAGCACAGAACGGAUGUGCUAGUAGGAGUGCAGAUAGUAACGAAGGUUGUGAGAAGAAUGGGGGGCGUGAUAAUAAUGAGGGAUGUGAGAAGAAAGGAGGUUGUGAUAAUAACGAGGGGUGUGUGGCUUCCAAAGACAGUCAGCCAGAGGAACAGGGGAUGAGGGAAGGAAGGGGGUGUGAUUGUAUGGAAGGGGACAGAGGCAGAGAAGGAGUGGGAGGGGAGGAAGCGGCUAGAGCCGAUGGUGCUGGUGCUGGGCCCGCAACAACUGAGGAGGAGGCUCGAGAACCCUCCUCAAGGCGAAGGGCAGUGGAGGGGCAAUGGACAAUGGAGGAGGGUAGAGAAGCUAGAGAAGUUUCUUGUGUAGCUACUGGUAGUGGAGUUGAAUCGAACGUUGAGACAUCUCGGGAAAAUAACGAGGGGUGUGUGGCUUCCAAAGACAGUCAGCCAGAGGAACAGGGGAUGAGGGAAGGAAGGGGGUGUGAUUGUAUGGAAGGGGACAGAGGCAGAGAAGGAGUGGGAGGGGAGGAAGCGGCUAGAGCCGAUGGUGCUGGUGCUGGGCCCGCAACAACUGAGGAGGAGGCUCGAGAACCCUCCUCAAGGCGAAGGGCAGUGGAGGGGCAAUGGACAAUGGAGGAGGGUAGAGAAGCUAGAGAAGUUUCUUGUGUAGCUACUGGUAGUGGAGUUGAAUCGAACGUUGAGACAUCUCGGGAAAAUGCUUCCUCCUCCUCCUCCUCCUCCUCCUCCUCCUCCUCCUCCUCCUCCUCCUCCUCCUCCUCCUCCUCCUCCUCCUCCUCCUCCUCCUCCACCUCCUCCUCUUCCACCUCCUCCUCCCCCCCUCACCCAGCCUUCACACCGCCCCAAAAUCCACACUACGACUCCGAUUUCGAGUACUUCCAAAAGGCGGUCAUGGGCGGCACGCCUCGUCCCAUAGCGGGUUUCGUCUCCCCAUCCUCCAAGAUCCUCCCACACAAGGGGCGGGGGUGGAUGACAGAGGAGGUGCUGUGGAGAAUGAGCUUACUUCACGAUCCCUACACUGUCCUGCACGACGCCACAACCCUUCACGACCCCUACACUGUGCUCCAUGACCCAUGCACGGGAGUGUUGCUCGAGCAGUAUGCGUCGACUUUAUCAGAUCAGCAGCGGCAGAGCUCACGGGAGUGGCCCGCUUCCUGGAAGCCGCGGCACCAGCAAUUCCCGGUGCUGCCUAAGAUGAGUGUGAGCGUUGGUGGGGUGGCGGGGCAAGGGGACGAGAGGAGAGCCUGA